AUGUUUGACAUAUCGCGUAACAAUUUCACCGGAAGCCUACCACAUGAUUACUUUGUCAACUGGAGUACACCCUUGCUGAGUACUCCUCAAAAGGUAAGCCAGCCAUUGUACAUGGGAGAUCCUUUCAUGUAUGAUUAUUACCCUUCCAUGUAUUUGAGAAACAAAGGAAUAAACAUGGAGCUGGAAAAGAUCUUUCUGGCCUACACAUCAAUAGAUGUCUCUAAAAACAAACUGGGAGGACAGAUUCCAGAAUCCAUAGGCCUUUUGAAGUCGCUUAUUGUGCUCAACCUAUCCAACAAUGAUUUCACUGGUCAUAUUCCUUCCUCUUGGGCUAAUCUCACGAGCCUCCAGUCAUUAGACCUAUCUCGGAACCAACUUUCUGGAAAUAUCCCCAAGGAGCUAGCAACCUUAUCGUUCUUGGCGUACAUUAACGUUUCACAUAACAAACUCACGGGCCAGAUACCACAGAGCACACAGUUGGGAGGACAGCCUAAAUCCUCUUUUGAAGGGAAUCUCAAUCUCUGUGGGCGUCCUCUUCUAGAGAGUUGCUUCCAGGACAAGGUACCAUCAACACCUGAGGCACAAGAGCCGGAACCUUCAAAGCAAGAACAAGUGUUCAACUGGAAAGCAGCGGCAAUGGGAUAUGGGCCCGGAGUCUUGUUUGGCCUGGCGAUUGGACAAGUCCUUUAUUCGUAUAAACCCGUGUUGUUCUUCAAGUUGUUUCGCCUUUGA